AUGGACUUUACUUGGGAUAAGGUCAAAGUUCGUUUCAUAGAAGAAAUAUCUGUUGCUAUAUUAUGGUUUGAGGAUUAUGGAAAUGAAGAAUUUUUAUGGGGGAAAGAAUCGAGUCCACAGUGGUGUGAGUCCCCAAGAAUUAAUGUAAGUCUCGAUGAUCGUGUACUUCUUAGAAGCUCUUUCAUUGAUGCUAACUCAAAAGGGCAGUACGCAACUGAAACAACUGCGGAAGUCCGCUGUGGACCACAAAGACGUUUAAAACUUGAAGAGGGUGUAAUCCAUCCAUUAGAAAGCGUAUACUUACGUUGUACAAUGAAUAGUGCAGGAACCGGAGGAGUAUGGUUGUUGGCUGGUGGCGGUAGUACGUUGUUACAAAGUUCUCGACCAGUGUGCGUUUACGGAGAACCGACGUUCCAUCUGUGUGAAUUACCACGUCUAAUUCAUCGCGGACUGCGAGUGAUUACUACUAAAAAAUCAUACUUUUUCCAAAAUAAUGAUACAAUAAUCAUAAGUAAGAAUUUCUCUCAUGCCAGAAGGCAAGUUUUAGUUCGACAAAGUAUUUGCACUACUCAACAAGUUCCACAGUUUCUUAUUUACAAACGUAUUGAUUCUGAUUGCAAUGAAAAAUCUACAGUUUGCAAUUUUUUAAAUGAAUCACUUCCAUCAGGCACAAAGAUAUUAUACAAAAUAUCAACGAGUACUUCCAAAGUUACGAUUACGACAAUGCGUAUAAAUGAUACAUCCGCAAAAAGUGUUGUAAUAAUGCUCGUAUUAAUGUUAAUUUGCUUUUUUUUGUUGAUGGAACUUCGAUGCCGUGAUAAUAGCACACGUCUUGUUGGUCCUUCAUCUGUGGUUUGCUUAAAUUCAGAAUUUCAGCCUGGCUCAACUUGGUAUCCAGCAAAAUGGCCAAGUUGCAUUCCAAAAUCAAUUUGUCCAGAGCCUUCUAUACAAAAGGGCACUUACGUGUCUUCAGACGUGUUAAAUACAACUUUUCGACACGGUACUCGAAUACGGUUUGAAUGUAAUAAUAACUUUAUGAUUCGUGGUAGCGAAGUAAUUGAAUGUCUAAAAUCAGGCUUGUGGAAUGAUUCUUUUCCUGAAUGCUUUGCAGUUGGUCCAUAUUGUUUUUCAUCUUAUCUUGAAUUUUUUCUGUUUUAUACCAAUUUCACCUCUUAA